AUGAGCGCCACAGAGAUUUAUCCCCAACUUUCCCUACAAGACCAGCAGAACCAAUACAUACUGAACCUUAUCAAUGAUCAAGACUGGUUGAUCCAUCAGAUCAUCGUCCCUAAACUUCCUUCUUUGAUAACAACGGUGCGUUCUGUUCUCUUCUAUUUAUUGUUAGAUAAACCAUUCAAACUCCCGAUCACCUCCAAUUCCAAUGAUUAUUUGAAAGGAGUGAUCACCAGAAACUCUUUCAAAAUCUCUAGCUUGAGCCUUCAGAUCAACAAGUUAUCGUUCUUCAACAAUGCUAAUCCUUUCAAAAUCUCCUUAGAUGAUGACAAACAAUUGGAAUUGAUUCAGAUAAAGAUGAUGAUCAAGCGAUUGGAGUUUUUGGUAUUACAACUAGAUAAUGUUGUGAAAUUCAUCCGAGCCAUGAAACAGCAACCAACAGAAAAUAUCAAUAUUAAAUUGAAGAACAAUUUAAUUUUUCUAAAGAAAUUCAACCAAAUUUUUCAAAACAUUUUGCUAAUAAGCGGCGAGAUUGAUAACCCUGUACAAUCUUCUUUAUUCCCCGAAAAUCACUUGGACCCCCAAAAUUUCAAACCCGAACUCGACCUAAACAAGCUCUCGAUCGAUUUAUAUUUGAAUUCCGGAGAAAUUUUCAUCGAGUUGAUUUUCUUGAAAAAAAUCAACAUCAAGCCCUGGUGCUUCAUCAAUAAGUACGGCAUUUCUUUCAAUGAAUUUCUAACAAAGAAAUUUGUACAAAACCGAAAGUUCAAUAACAUUAAUCACCUAAUUGAGCAUUACUUGGAAGAAAAGAAUUGGCCAAAGUUUUGGGAAUUUGAUGAUUCCGCAAACUCCGAUAGGAGAAGUAUCACAUCUUCCUCAUCAAGCAGUGCCACUAAACAUAAUGAUAACCGUCUAUCCCCAAAUAUUAACAAAGAAUCCGCAGAAUCCCAUAACAGUUGGUUCAAAAAUAUUCUCAAUUUCCAAAACUCGUCGGAAGUCAACCAAAUGUACCUCAAUAGAAAUCUCAAGUUUAAUAAUGCAAUUUAUUGGAUUCUUAAGAAUCUCCAAGUGAAGAUUGCCGAUCCAAUAUUGAUUAUUGUUAAUAUCAAAUUAAAUAGUAUUAGGGCGCUAGUGCAGAAUAACUUGUUGAACUUGAAGAAUUUAAUUGUCAAUGGUGAUUACUUGAAAAGUGUCAUUGAAAAACAACCUAGUUUUACCAGGCUUGAACAAGCCAAGGAUGAGGAAACUUAUAAUCUUUUAGUGAAUCAAUUCUUCAGUAACAAGAACCAGGAUAUUAUUGAUCAAGAAUCACUGUUUGAUUUAGUGGAGUACCUUAAAUCCGGUGAUGAUUCCGAGCUCAAUAGUCUUGUGGACGAGGGGACUUUCAAUCCAAAUUCCAACAGUAGAAAAUCUAACCACGAAAAUUUGGAUACUUUGGGGGUUAAUUUUGAGCUACUCAAAGAUAUUCACCCAGAAUAUGAGAUGUUCAAUGAUAAUUUGGAAGAAUGGGAUGGCGAACUAAUAAAGGAGAUCAGCUCGUUGAUAAAUAAUGACCCAAGUAAUACCACGGUUAACGACGCAUUCAGUUGCUGUGAAUUUGAUGUUUUUGAUGCCUGA